CACUGUCAUCUUGACCGACUUUUGACUUUGUGAUACAAUACAUUACUCCCCCCCGACUGUGGUGCGACAUACCUUCACGACAGGCCCUCCCCUUAUUUCGACUACGACCCAUCUUGAGUGACUCGCUCUACUCUCGGAGGUAUCUUGAUCUGGGGCCUCGUCGCUGGGAGAUCGAGAAAGCAGGGAAAUAAUUCCACGGGCCUUGGUUGGCAAUGUUGGCAUCAAUUCCCCAGAUGGAGACGGUGCGAUCGCUCCCUCGGAAUCCGGAUAUGGUUGCGCGGCAUCCAUCAGCGGAGGACUUGGACGCUGCUCAGCAGCUGAUCUCGUCUGCUCAGGCUGGCCGAGAACAUCUCAUCGACCGCAACCGUGACGAUGAUGCGUCUCGCGGAUUCGAUGCGAGACAUACCACCCCUUACGACUCCGAACGACCCAUGCACGGUUCUACGAUGCCAUCUACCGAACCCGCUCUCGCAGAUAAGUCAUCGCCAAAGUCCCAGAAAGAUACUUCCUUUCUUGGACAUUCAUGCAGUAACUGUGGAACGAAGAGCACCCCGCUAUGGCGACGAUCACCGACCGGUGCGAUGAUUUGCAAUGCCUGUGGUCUCUAUUUGAAGGCUCGGAAUGUCGCUCGACCCACGAAGCGGAACCGUGUCCAAACAAGUUCUGAACCUAUCCAGCCCCAACCACCACAGCAACAGCAACCCCCGAUAGUGCCCCAACACGAGACACCCCAUUCACACAGUGAGGGAGGCUGCCACGGUUCCAAAGGAUCUUGCCCCGGUGGGGGUAACUGCAACGGCACAGGCGGCGCUGAGGGGUGUGACGGGUGCCCAGCCUACAACAACCGUGUGUACAAGUCUUCUGCCCGAGGUACUGUACCAGUGCAUGCUUGGGGUCGACCCGCCAAUCCAGAGAGCGAAAAGCCUCUGCCCAUACCGGAGUCGGACGUGCCCGGGAAAAAUGGUGCGCCGGCUGAGGGAAAUAUGCUGGUAUCGUGUCAGAAUUGUGGAACUACAGUGACCCCGCUUUGGCGACGAGACGAGAAUGGUCAUCCGAUCUGCAAUGCGUGUGGUCUAUAUUACAAGCUUCACGGGUGCUAUCGCCCCACCACAAUGAAGAAGACCAUCAUCAAGCGUCGGAAACGCGUUGUGCCGGCUCUGCGGGAACACUCCCCGACCGCCGCUACACAGUCGUCCAACGGUUCUUCUGCGUCACCAGAAGCGUCACCGGCAACACUGGCUCGCGUACACGACGAUCACUACCGAUACUACAGCGCUGAGCCGGUGGAUCAUUACCCUCCGAUGUCUGGAGAAAGGAUUUCACCAGCCGCCCCAAGGCAGUUUGGCUUCGCACCCCCGCCUGUCGAUUUUACCGGAUUUGGUUCCGGCCCCGUCUCCUUACCGCACCACCCCCCGCCACCGAGAUUGUUAGAGCCUGAUCGCAUCAAUGCCCCAAGCCACUCUCCGGUGUCUCAGUUUGGUCGGCGGUCCCUUUCGCCCAACCCAUCGGGAAAUCCGAAGAAACGGACCCUUGCAGAGACCGCGUCAUCAGCAGAAGCUAUGUCGAUUCCCACCACUCUGGAGAACGGGUCCAACCAACUUCCUCCUAUCAUGUCUUCUAUCAAUCCUACCCCUCCUGCCCGCCUCAGUUCCAUCUCCUCUCUCCUCAACCCCAACAACCACGACGAAUCGCGCCUAGACCCCUCUCUCGCUGCUCUUAGCCGUCAGCAUCACCCGCCUCACCAAGCGGCCCCGCUUGCUCCUCCGCCGUCACAGAUGUUGCCUGGUGUGUCGGAGCUUGACAGUCUCCGGGAAGAGCGCCGCUUGAAGUUGCAACGAGAGGCGGAAGAAAUGCGCGAGAUGCUGCGAGCGAAGGAGCGCGAAUUAGCUGAAUUGGGACAGCAAUAAUCAUUGAUUGAAAUGCCUGAAUAUUGUUGCUUUGUUCUACCUUACCUUUGUUCGAUCAUACACUUGGCGCAGACUUUUUCUGACGAGAUACCAUUUUCAACACGAUGAGUUUCACGGGACUUGUGCACUAUUAAGGGAAAAAAAGUUCUCUAUUUUUAUUUCGUAUAAUUUGUUUGAAGCGCUGGCGGGAUAAGCGACUACAAAAGAAAGACAAUCUGGCGGCGUGCUUUGUU